UGAACGUCACAGUCAGUCUGUGCUCUGCUAGCGAAAAAAAGUAAAAUGUCAGAUUUGUUGAUAAACGUUCACGAAAGUGUCGAUAUUUCGGGUGAUUGUUAUUUUGUAAAUGGAAAUUAUGAAUAUUAUCACUAUUUGUGCGACGGAUUUGAUGAUAGAGGAUGGGGUUGCGGCUACCGUACCCUGCAGACCAUAUGUUCUUGGAUGAAACGUAAUUAUCAAGAAGACCAAAAAGUCCCGUCCAUAAGAGAGAUUCAAGAAAUCUUGGUCCAAUUGGAAGACAAACCCAAAUCUUUUGGAGGAUCAAGACAGUGGAUUGGCAGUUUUGAAGUUUGCCUUGUAAUAGACAAGUUGUAUGAUGUUCCCUGCAAAAUUAUUCAUGUCAAUAAAGGAGAUGAGUUGCAAAGCGUCAUAGAUUCAUUAGUAUCACACUUUGUGCACUUUGGAAGUCCUGUGAUGAUGGGUGGGGACGUAGACUGCUCGUCUAAAGGCAUUAUGGGAGUCAAUGUUUGUGGAAGUGAUGCCAGUUUGUUGGUAGUGGAUCCCCAUUAUGUGGGCAAAGAACAAACACGGGAGUUUCUUCACAAUAAGGGCUGGGUUAAAUGGCAAUCCCUAAAAGACUUCUUAAGCUCAUCCUUUUAUAAUUUGUGUCUUCCGCAAGUCAGAGCUAAAUCUUUACAAAAGUAAGAUAAACUUUACAAAAAUGUUAUUUCUUUCUUCAAGGAUGGUAACACCCUUACAUUAUUAUUAUAACUAUGUAGAUAUAAUUGAGCAGUUUUUAUAUAAUUUAUGGAAGAUUUCAUACAACUUGAAACCUAACAAAAGGCAUAAAAUACUUACGUGUAACUUUUAUUUAAUAAAAA